UAUGGUUAAAUGAAAUUCAUUAUUUUUGUCAUUCACUUGUUAGCUGGAAGUUUAUCAUGGUAUCAUAACAGGUGUUCCAAAUACCAGGUGUUGGUCCGGGUCAUAUGAGGGAUGUUGUUAAUUACUGGUUAAAUAAUUAAAUUCAUUAUUUCCUGUUAGCUUAGGCCAUUGGGAAAAGUGGUAGUUUAUCAUGUGUGAGGUAGUGAUUGAAAUGAGGCGUUUGAAUAAAAGUUAAUUGGAUGUUGUAGAAAAAGUUGCUUGGUUGUGUACUUGUUUAGUAAAAUUUUUGUAAUUAUAAUGAGGUGGACACAACAAAGUAUAAUUUACGCAUGGAAGCAAAAGCAAAAGCACAAAUUGCUAGAUAUUCAUGUGAAUUAAUAACUGACCGACCUGUCUCUUUCUUGUUUUUGUUUUUUCUAAUUUAGGAUAAGUUGGAUAUCAAGAGGACAUUGGAAGAGGAAGCUAGAUGGUGCCAGUGGCUUGUAUUGUGGCUAGAUUGUGAUAGAGAAGGAGAAAAUAUUGCAUUUGAAGUGAUAGAAGUUUUCACGGCAGUCAAUCCUCAUCUUACCAUCGAGAGGGCUCACUUUUCUGCUUUAAUUGACAGGUUGUAGAAGAUUUAUAUCAAGCAGGUUUCAUCAGCUAUCCUCGUACAGAGACUGAUAGCUUUUCUCAGAGAACUGAUCUGCAUGUUGGCAAUUGUGCAAGAACAGCAAAGGCAUCCUGUAUGGGGACCAUAUGCACAGCAGUUGUUGGAACCUGGGUCAGGACUUUGGAGAAACCCUGGUAAUGGUGGACAUGAUGACAAGGCCCAUCCACCCAUUCAUCCAACAAAAUUUUCUUUUGGAGAAUCUGGAUGGAGUCAAGAUCACCAUAGAUUGUAUGAGCUGGUUGUUCGCCAUUUCCUGGCAUGUGCCUCCCAGCCAGCAGUAGGGGCUGAAACUAAUGUUGAAAUCGACAUUGCUGGUGAAUUAUUUUCUGCAUCAGGGAGAGUGAUACUAGCUGUGAGUUAUGUCCAAAAGUCAAAAAAGGUUACAGACUAG